CAGCCCACUGGGUAAACCAACGGCUGAUGCCCCACACGUAAAAAGACACGGCUGGCUGCACACUGCCCACUCGUCCACACGCGAAGGCACCCAGCAGCAGCCGCUCCCGAACUGAGGAACCCUACCACGCGGGCGACGGCGGUGCGCGACCGGUGACGGGACAGCGGCAGCGCCCCCUCCUCCAUCUGCUGGUCCCACCGCCUCCUGACGUUAUCCGAUACUGCCAAUCCCCCUCUUCGCCGUUGACGGAGCUUACCGAGGAAAGAAGGGCAGGGCCAUGGCGGGAGCCUUCGCUUUCCGCCUCGUGCCUCGCCUCGCCGCAGAGCCGGCGGCGAGGGGGAAGGGUGGCGGAGGAGGAGCCAACCGCGACGCCGGCAGCAGGGCGCUGGUGUCAAAGAAACCAAACAAGCAGCAGCAUUUGUGGAUCAGGAAGGAGACAGCUGGGUCAGGGAAGAAGGCUCUCCGUCUUAUUGAUGCUGUAAGAUAUACACUUGCCAUUGAUACUGUUUCGAAGUUACCAAAUGAAAGAGAAGCUAUUUAUGGUGCAUUGGACAAGUGGAGUGCUUUCGAACCUGAAUUUCCUAUUAUAGCAGCAGCAAAAGCUUUGGGGAUGUUGAAAAGGCGACGACAAUGGUUAAGAAUAAUCCAGGUAACCAAGUGGUUGAUGAGCAAAGGACAGGUGCUGACAUGGACAACAUAUGAUACACUUCUGCUCGCACUUCUUAUGGAUAAACGGGUAGACGAAGCUGAGUCAGUUUGGAACACUGUAAUACAGACUCAUACCCGCUCAGUGCCCAAGAGGUUGUUCUCUCGGAUGAUCUUGAUCUACGACAUUCACCAGCGCCCAGAUAAAGUUUUGGAGAUAUUCGCGGAUAUGGAGGAGUUAGGUGUGCGUCCGGACGAGGAUACAGCGAGACGGAUCGGAAAGGCAUUCGUGGCUUCUGGCCAAGAAGAAAAGGAGAAGCAUGUCCUCGAGAAAUACUUGAAGAAGUGGAAGUACAUCCAUUUCAACGGCGAGCGCGUUCGCGUGCGGAGGGACGGACCAUUGGCGUAGUGCCCGUUUUCUGAAAAAUGCUCGAACCUAUCAGAGUAUCGUGCCGGUAGGCGGUAGGGCAGGGGAGAUGCUGUUACUGCCGCUGUGACAGUCAGGCACAUGGAUAUCGGCACUAGUCCCUAUCCUAUGUAUGUGGAAUGGAACGGAAACUGGAGAUUGGUUCCAUGGCUCUAGCCUGUGGAGGAGACGAGCGGAUGGGGGGUGGCUGGCUACUACCGGCGAGAUAGUGAUUUAAUAGGCACUACAUAGGCGUCCAGUGAUUGCGAUGGCUUUAACUUGCGUAUGUGUCUGCGGAAUGGUCCCGUGCUAUUUCGGUGACUUGUGCUUGUGGAAUUGUGAACACCCACUGGAAAGUGUAUAUCAUGAGAGGGACGAUACCUGACGUCUGGGCCCAUGGCUUGCUGAUUUCACGCAACGAACCAUUUUCUGUUUGUUGCGGUGCCCCGGGGUUCACGUACUUGUUCUGUUCUUGUGAUCUGGCACAGAGCUGUUGGCUUA